AUGAAGGGACCGCGCGCCGGCGGGGCGCCCGAGGGCAGGAGCCAGGGCUCCGCGGUGCCGGGCACCGCGCUCCUGCUGCUCACCUACCUGGCCUACCUGGCGCUGGGCACCGGCGUGUUCUGGGCGCUGGAGGGCCGCGCGGCGCAGGACUCCCGCCUCAGCUUCCAGCGCGACGAGUGGGAGCUGCUGCGGAACUUCACCUGCCUGGACGGCCCUGCGCUGGACUCGCUGAUCCGGGACAUUGUUCAAGCCUCCAAAGACGGGGCCAACCUCCUCAGCAACACCACCAGCAUGGGGCGCUGGGAACUCGUGGGCUCCUUCUUCUUUUCCGUGUCCACCAUCACCACCAUCGGCUAUGGCAAUCUGAGACCCCACACGAUGGCUGCCCGCCUCUUCUGCAUCUUCUUUGCUCUUGUGGGGAUCCCGCUCAACCUCGUGGUGCUCAACCGACUGGGGCAUCUCAUGCAGCGGGGAAUAUACUCCUGUGCCCGCAGGCUGGGGGGCACCUGGCAGGACCCGGCCAAGGCGCGGUGGCUGGCGGGCUCCGGCACCCUCCUCUCGGGCCUCCUGCUGUUCCUGCUGCUGCCCCCGCUGCUCUUCUCGCACAUGGAGGGCUGGAGCUACAUGGAGGGCUUCUACUUCUCCUUCGUCACCCUCAGCACCGUGGGCUACGGCGACUACGUGAUCGGGAUGAACCCCUCCCGGAGUUACCCGCUGUGGUACAAGAACAUGGUGUCUCUGUGGAUCCUCUUUGGGAUGGCAUGGCUGGCCUUGAUCAUCAAACUGAUCCUCUCCCUGCUGGAGACCCCAGGGGCGUCGUGUUCCUGCCACCACAUCUCCAAGAGGAACUUCAAGUCCCAAAGCUGGAGGCAGGGCCCAGAUGGGGAGCCAAAGUCCUGCUCCCCACAACAAGGCGGCUGUCCACAGGGGCCUACGGGAAGCCUAUGGCAUCUGGACUCCUCUGCUUAG